UAGACUGUGGUAAAUUCGCCAUUUUUUAAAGGUUUCCUAGUUGUCGUAUUUUUAAACAAAAACAUAGGUGAUUUAAUUCAGUGACUAUUUAUAAUUUAUGAACGUUUAAUAUUAAUUAGAGAAACCCUUAAUAAAAAGUGGAGAUAUUCAAUAACAAAAGCCAUAAAAUAUGUCAAAAACGUAUAACACACGUCAGUCAGCUAUGCAGACACGGAAAGACACCUACUGGCUGUCCCCAACACCAAUCCCCAGUCACUCUAUGUAUUAGCCUCUUAGGGAGUGACUGAUGGCUAGGAACUAAUUAUGUGCAUAAGAACUAAUUCUUAUGUUCAUACAAGUUCUAGAAUGUUGACAACGGUCAGUCCCUCAUAGUAGCCCUAUUAGUGUACAUUCCCAAGAGAUUAUUUUAAUAUGAAGUCAACUGUGGGAUUUGAUGCAUUUAAUCAAUUGGCUCACUGAUGCCAGUUCAUGACACAUGGAGUGCAAGACACACAGCAGCAACAUGCAAAUCAAGGAUCCAAUCUCAAGCAAGAACAGGUUACUCCUGAAAAAUCUAAUCAGGAGCAGAAUAAGUCCAAUCCAAGUUUGAUUGACACAAAAACUGAAGCAGGCAUGGAAAUUACUUCGAAUGGUGAAAAUUCAGAAAGGCCUCCCUGGAAGAAGCUGGGAGUAGUAAAGAGGAUCUCGAACAAAGAGCGUCGCCGGCGGCAAAAUCAGAGUCUGCGCCGACUCGUGUCUCCCAAGAGCGCAUUGAUGGUGCUCAACGAAAUGGUGUACGGCGCCCCAUUGGACUUCAGAGUGGAUUGCGCUCCGCCAACCGGGUACUACGCAUCGAACAACCCGAGCUUCUGCGCCGAAGUGACAAUUGACGGGUGCAGUUAUCGGGGCUGUGGUGAAACGAAGACAUCGGCCCGCAGCGCGGCCGCCGAGCAAGCCGUGCGAGAUAUCAUUAUCAAAAAACUGAAUAAAUUUAACACCCAGGAGAAAUCCAACGAGGCAAAAGACGGGGAGGAGAAAAUGGAGACGGAAGAGGAGGAGCCCAUGCCGAUGAUCCAGCUGGCGUCGUACGCGUUGCACAAGCUGUUCAGCGAGUGGGAGGGCGAAGGUCAUCACGUGCCGCAGAUCAGACCUCACAAUUCCUCCGUAUCGGACACGGACGUGGACCUGACGUCUCAAGCCAACGGCCCGCCGCCUCCGAAGCCGAAGAAAGUGAAGACUCUCCCCGAGAACGCUGCAGAGAUGCACCCUUGUAUGCUGUUGUCGUACAUGCGGCCGAUGCAGGAGUACCGGGAGCUGGGGGUGCAGGGCGACCGUCCGCAGAACCUCAUCUACACCAUCGGAGUGGAGGUGGACGGCGCCACCUUCAUCGGCCAAGGACCAAACAAGAAGGAGGCUCGCAAGGACGCGGCCACGUCGGCCUGCAAUUCGCUGUUCGGAGUCAAAUUCCAACAAACAUAAAAUAAUAUUCAAAUAUUGUAUUAUUAAUAUUCGUCAUUUACGCCUUGAAAUAGACGUAAGCUAAUUAUUAUUCCUUUAAUUGCAAUUAAACAUAAACAAUGAUC